GAGGAAAGACUAUGAAUGCGGACUGGGGAUAAGAAUAAAUAAAGUCUCCGCCCACCUGACUUUAUGGAAAGAAAUCGGGGCGUGGUCAGGGAAUACAGGAGCUCUGCGUUUGUUCUAGGAGAAAAGAGGAAUUCAGUGAAGACUUAGUUUCCUAGAAAGUGUGGAAAAUAAACAAACCGGGAGUGCCGUGCUUAUAAACACACACACACACACACAGAGCCUAUAUAACAUUCUGGAGAGACUGUUAUCUGGUAAAACCAGUUAUAUAGGAAAUUAAAAUAAAUUAGGGUCACGGGGAACCUGGAGUCUAUCCCAGGGAGCAUGGGGCACAAGGCGGGGUACACCCUGGACAGGGUGCCAAUCCAUCGCAGGGCACACUCACACACACAUUCAUACACUUUGGACAUGUCAAUCAUGCAUGUCUUUGGACUGCGGAAGGAAACCAGAGUACUCGGAGGAAACCCCCGCAGCACGGGGAGAACUCUGCACACACAACGCUGGAGGUGUGAGGCGAAUGUGUUAACUGCUAAUCCACCGUGCGCCCCAGUUAUAUUUAUUUCUAUAAAAUCAUAUGUAUUAUUCCUUUCCAGGUCGUAUCUCAAGAUGGAACUAUGAUGAAGAUGUUCAUACGCCGAAUAUGGACCUGUUGGUACGAGAGGGAGUGAAGGCGAAAUACAUCACACCACCGAUGAUCACCAUGACUUCUCCGUCACACUUCACCACUAUAACCGGGAGAUGGAUAGAGGAUCACGGCGUUGUCCAUAACAUGAUGUUUAAUUCCACAACUCUGUUGAAGUUAACUCAUAAAAACACGCUGAAACGAUCUGUGUGGUGGGACAACGGGGCUUUGCCUUUAUGGAUAACAGCUCAGAAUCAGGGGCUGAAGACGGCGUCUUAUUUCUAUCCCGGAGGUGGAGUGAAUUACAGCGGGCAGGCUGUGGACAGGUCCCUGGUGGAGGCGGAAGGUCACCCCGAUGCUAACGAGACCGAGUGGCGGUUGAAGAUCGAUAUCGUUCUGGGAUGGUUCACCAAGGAGAAUUUCGACUUUGUUACCCUUUACUACGGAGAACCGGACAACGUGGGCCACAAGGUAGGACCAGAGACCGAAGAGAGAAAGAAGAUCAUUGAGCAGAUCGACCGCCUCAUAGGCUACCUGAGAGAGUCGAUCCAGAAGAACAAUUUAGCCGAUCAACUCAAUGUCAUCAUCACCUCGGAUCACGGCAUGACCACCGUUAAGAAAAGCCCAGCGGUGAAAGAAAUAAAGCUGUCAGAGUACAUGAAUUUUACACAGCUGACCCACUUCGACAUACUGGACUAUGGAGGUUUUGGUAUGAUAAGACCCAAGGUUGGGAAGGUGCAGGAGGUUUAUGACAAGCUGAAGAACGCACAUCCAAACCUUACUGUUUACAAGAAGGAGGAGAUUCCCGAAAACUUCCACAUCGCAAAAAACAGCCGAAUUCAAGAUCUUGUCCUUAUUGGAGAUUUAGGUUUCAACUUGAACUCGAGAAUCAUUCUUUACGUGAACAAAGGAGACCACGGCUUCAGCAAUCAAGAAAUGGACAUGAAGACAAUAUUCCGAGCGUUUGGACCUGACUUCAGGAAAAAUUUCCUAGCCGAGCCGUUUGACAGCGUCAGCAUUUACCCACUAAUGUGCAAGUUGCUGGGUGUAGAUCCAGCUCCAAACAACGGCAGUCUCAGCGACACUCAAGCCAUGCUCGUGGAGAACUCUGAUCCUGGUGGACACGCCGGGAGAAUCCGGACUUCUGUCAGUCUUGUAGUCAUCAUGAUGUUCAUCUUGCGCCUCCUUUGAACUGCAGAGAUCUAUUAGUUAAACUGACUGUUAAAAUUGAAUAAGCUUGUUUUUUUUUUUUUUUUAAAUAAAUAAUAAUGAUAAUAAAAAAAUUAAGAAUCGAUAAUAAAGGUAAAUGCUAGA